GGUCCCGGUCAGGCGGUACAACCCGAUCGGCCCCACCCCGCCUCCGUCCCCCCGGAUUUAAGGAGGACGCCAAGAAUGCCGGCAAGAUAAGGCAUGUUACCUUUUUCGGUGACCAGUCCGGUCUCCGCCGCGUGCUUGACCCGCAGGAUUGGGCCGGAAAACAGGGCGCUCCCCACUUGCAAGAUAAGACUAUCGGCCACUAAGUGGUGUAUACAUCUGAUAGGAGCCGCAUAUCACCAUAAUACGCACGGCGAUGAUGAGAUGGGAACUCCAAGAAUGACGAGAAUGGGAUUCGUAAAGAUAGGAGUCUUGAAGUUCCCGGGGCUAUGUAGGACCCGCCAGAACAUCAGGAUUGAGCAUUUAAAGAUAAUGGCAAGCCCAGAUAUUCUUGUGGCUGAUCAGACCUCAUCAGCGCUGGACCUUUACACCCAAGCUCACCCAGUUCUCGGUCCCCGAGCUCGAGAUGUUCACUUCGAAAUCCCUCACAGCGUUGGCCAUCGGCCUUGCUGCCAUUUCAUCCCAAGCCAAAGCUGAGAAGUCUACUUUUGACUCGGAUCUUACUUGGGUCUCAACAGAUUCUUCUUUGCCCAAGGUUGUCAUCUACAACGCUCGCGGUACAAUCCUCUCCGCCUCCAAGUACGGCCGGCUCGACAACAUCAACUAUGGAUCCGGUCCCCCAGUUACCGUUGACCACAUGAUCGGAAACGUCACUGAGGUCCUCAAGGUGGCUCAGUUGGCUGUUGUUUCUUUCCCAGUCACAGGAGGAAGUGCCGGUCUCAACAGCUCACUCUACCUCAACAUCACACAGCAUGCCAACCGUCAUCUCUGCACCGAGGGCUCAGACAUCGCAGGUGGCAUCAUGUUCCACGGAACCAACACCCUCGAGGAGACAGCCUUUGGCGUCGACCUAACCCUCAACUGCUCCAAGCCAUUCGUCGCUACCGGUGCCAUGAGACCCGAUACCUACAUCUCCCCCGAUGGCCGCUCCAACUUCUUCCAGGCUGUCGCCACAGCCGUUUCCCCCGAUGCGAGGGACAGGGGUGGUUUGAUCGCCUUCAACGAUCGUAUCACCUCCAUCUACUAUUCCACCAAGUCCAACGCCAACACCCCCGACACCUUCAGGUCGAUCGAGCAGGGCAACGUCGGUGCUUUCCUCGGAGGUCAACCGUACUUCUACUUCAGCGGACCAAGCUAUCCCACCGGCCGCCCACACUUUGACGUGACGAACACCACUGAGCUUCCUGCCGUUGUCGUCCUCUAUGGUCACCAGGGCUUCGACGCCUCGCUUAUGUACGCGGCUGUUGCCAAUGGUGCCAAGGGUAUCGUUCACAUGGGCUCUGGCGCCGCUUCUCUCUCCCCCUCCGCCCGCGAGGCUGCCGCCGAGCUCUACAAGCAGGGCAUCCCUGUCGUGACUGUCACCCGUUCCGUGACCGGUACUGGUAUGCCCGGUAUUGAGAAGGGUCCUGUCUUCUACGCUAGCUACCUCCAGGGCCCUCAGGCCAGAAUCAUGCUUCAGCUCGCCAUUAACGCCGGUUACACUCUUGAUGAGAUCCGGAAUUUGUUUGAGGCUCCUUUGAGGAGUGCCAUCUAUGCCCCUGCUCCCAACAGCGAGUGGUUUUCCGAGGUGUAAGGCGGGAGGCAUGAGCUCGUGUUUUCAUGUACUUGAUGAUCAAGAUCGGAACUGAUGAAAUGAUGUGAUGCUGGUAAAAAAAUUCGAAAUGGGUAAUUUUGAUGAAUUAAUAACAUUGAUAACUACA